UCGGUAGAACGGAGAUAGCUCUGCAAAGGGCCUGCUUAAUCAAAGUCUAAACCCAAGGAUUCCACAUUGAACAGCGAUCGCAACGCAAUUUCUUGUCUAACUGUAUUGCAGAAAGAGAACCCUGAAAGAUGUCUUUGACUUGUUAUAUCAGUAAUGAGGUCACAGACCGCCCAUGUAUUUCCCCUGUGUCGGGUCAUAUUUUUGAUCGGCGCCUUAUUGAAAAGUAUUUGGCUGAAAAUGGGACAGAUCCAGUAACAAAUCAGCCCUUAAGUGAGGACCAGUUAAUUGACAUCAAAGUUGCCCAUCCAAUUCGUCCAAAACCACCUUCCGCAACCAGUAUCCCAGCAAUCCUAAAAUCAUUGCAAGAUGAGUGGGAUGCAGUAAUGCUCCACAGUUUUACAUUGCGUCAACAACUACAAACCACUCGCCAGGAGCUCUCUCAUGCACUCUACCAGCAUGAUGCUGCUUGUCGUGUCAUUGCUCGUCUUACCAAGGAGGUGACAGCUGCCCGUGAAGCUCUUGCUACAUUGAAGCCCCAGGCUGGAAUAUCUGUGCCUCAAGCCAGCCCUAUGCCACCGACUGGAGCAGCUGGCUCUGCAGAAGCCAUGGAACUUGGUGAAUUGGUUGGAAUGUCAGCAGAAAUUAUUCAAAAGCUUCAAGACAAAGCAACUGUGCUCACUACAGAACGUAAGAAGCGUGGUAAAACUGUCCCAGAAGAUCUGGUUAAGCCAGAAGAACUCAGCAAAUAUCACCAGGUUUCCUCUCAUGUGGGGCUACACAGUGCAAGUGUCCCUGGUAUUUUGGCAUUGGAUUUGUGUCCAACCGACACAAACAAAACUCUUACUGGUGGGGCAGACAAGAGUGUUGUUGUAUUUGAUGCACUGUCGCAACAGAUCCUUGCUACUCUUAAAGGUCAUACCAAAAAAGUUACCAGUGUUGUUUUCCACCCUUCUCAGGAGCUAGUAUUUUCUUCUUCUCCGGACUCCACAAUACGGGUCUGGUCUGUUCCUGAUGCAUCCUGUGCUCAAGUGCUAAGAGCACAUGAAGGGGCAGUGACUGGUCUAAGUUUGCAUGCAACUGGAGAUUACUUGCUCAGCUGUUCUGAUGAUCAGUACUGGGCAUUCUCUGAUGUUCAUGUGGGCCGUGUACUCACCAAAGUGACAGAUGAAUCUUCUGGGUGUGCUCUCACUUGUGCCCAGUUUCACCCUGAUGGUCUAAUUUUUGGCACUGGAACAGUGGACUCCCAAAUUAAGAUCUGGGAUCUUAAGGAACGCUCAAAUGUGGCUAAUUUCCCUGGACAUUCUGGUCCUGUAUCAUGCAUAGCUUUCUCAGAGAAUGGUUAUUAUCUGGCUACAGCUGCUGAUGACUCCAGUGUGAAACUGUGGGAUCUGCGAAAACUAAAGAACUUCAAAACGCUGCAACUUGAAGAAGGAUAUCAGGUAUGCUCUCUGGUAUUUGAUCAGAGUGGUACAUACUUGGCAGUUGGUGGGACAGAUAUACAGGUUUACAUCUGCAAGCAGUGGGCUGAAGUUCUGCACUUCACAGAUCACAGCGCUCUUACAACUGGUCUUGCUUUUGGUCAGAAUGCCAAGUUCUUGGCCUCCACAGGAAUGGAUCGGAGUUUGCGUUUUUACAGUCUUUAAAUGGAUCGGAAUCUACCUAUCUGCAUUCUGUCAUUUGCAUAUUUGUCACAUUUCAGGUGUGACUGACAUUACACAAUUUGCAUAUGGUUAUAAUUUGGGAUCUGUAUAACAUGCUUGCAACAUGUGUGUACUGCAGCAUUUCUGCAGUGUCAAAUAUUUGGGUUGUACUAUCCUUGUUUUGCAGCUGCUCAAGACAUUUAUUGUGUAUGACAGCUCAAGCUGUAGCUUUUUACAUGAAUGUGCAUACUGCCAGAACAACAUACUUCAAAUAUUGUGCAGCUCUAAAAAUGUGCAGUGCAGCUGUGUAGCAUGUCAGUAGUGUGAUCACUGGGGUUAACAAUCUCCCUUCUUUCUUGAAAAAGCCUUAGUGGUUGUCUGCUAUAUAUCUGUUGUCUACAGCCUCAUUAUUCUUAAACUCCUACUUACUUUUUAUUCAAAAUAUUCUCAGUCUCAUGGUUGCUGAAUAGUAUGAAUGCACCAAAGGGCUUUUUUAGGAUAAAAAGCCUAAAUCUGAUAGAUUAGACCUUCGUGUUAUUUAAAAGUCACUCAUAGCAAUCCUUUGUUAAAAGCCUCAUGUUCAGACCUGUUUUAUUCCUAAAGAGUAAGUUCUCUUGAAUAUUUUCUUAGUUCAGUUUUGCCCUCUCCAGCCUGGUCCGGGUUGUUAGAUCACAGUAGAUUUUCUAUAUUUAUAUGUAUUUUCCUUUGUAUCUUUCAGGCUAAAACCAUGAACUGAUAAGGUUCAGCCUAACAGUAGAAAGCUGGAAAACUGCACUAUAAAUGUGUCUGGACCCAAUUUGACCACCCACAUUCCGGCCCAAAUAAUGUCCCCAAUAGUGCUAAUGAUAAGAUCAUAAUGAGGGCAUAGAGAGAGCUUUUGUCCUCGUCCCAUGACAAUUUCAUUCCUGCCCGAUUGGUGUCUUGUGCUGAAGGGGCUGAAUCAGCAGUUUAAAUCUACCCACAUAUGGCUGCCUUAAGUCUGUGAACUCUUCUUAUUUUAUCCUACACCAUUUUUUUAAAAUAGUAACAUAGUAAAUUAGGUUGAAAAAGACACAUAUAAAAUAUACAUUUUCCUUGUUAAGCUCUUUUUUUCUUUUCUUCUAACCUCUGCAUUUUGUAAUGUAUUUUGUAUUUCUUAGAAAAAAAAUGUGAUUAAAAAUGUUGAUUUAAACAUA